AUGAAUUCUUAGCAAGAGUUGUACAACUUAAACAGCUUUUAAAAUUACUAAAACAUGAAUUAGUAUCCCUAAAAUUACCCAUACUAUUCAAAUAAUUAAAUUAUUCACCCUUCUUAAACAGCAAAUAUGAAUAAUUCUGCAGGAAUGCAAUACAUUAAUCAUGAAUAAAACUAUCCUUAAUACCAGUAGUAGAGUUUUAACUAACAGAAUUAUUAUCAUCAAGAAGCAGCUUAAUACCAAAAUCAAAAUAUGUUUUAAGUACCUCCAUAACAGGUUAAUCCUUACAUGGGCUAUUAAAAUAAUCCUCCUAUAAAUCAAAAUGUCAAUAACUUAAAUUAGAACAACUUAUUACAAGAUUAAUACAAAAGAAGUGAGACACAAUCUAACUUUUAAAACUCUUACAACUAUAGUCAGCAACAGCAACAUGAUAUUGACCCAUCUACUAUAGGCAUAGAUUAAUAACUCUAAACAGUUAAAGACAAAGAAGAAAUCAAUUUAAAAACCCUUAACAAAAAAAGAAAAUAGCAAGAAAUUCAAGAAUGUUUAAUAGAUUAAAAUAAAAAUGAUGAUUAGUCUCCAUAAAAAUAAGAUAAAAACGAAAACAAUUUUGUAUAAAACUUGAUGGACGACAUUUAACUUUAUUUUCCUUAAAAACCUUUAAGUGUGUUUCUUAGAGAAUACUGCUCUAAAAUGAAAAGAGCAAUGGAUAUUAUUUGUGAUGAGAACGAAAAGGGGUUAGGGUUUUCUAGCUAUUUAAUAAUUGAUGGCAAACACUAUCCAAAAGGUAUAGGAAAAAGUAAAAAAGAUGCUAGAGAAGAAGCUUCUAUGAAUGCAUUAGCUAAAAUGGGCGAAGAAAACAGCUCAGUAAAAAAUUACUUUGCUGUGAUGGUAGAUAAAGAAAAGAAAGUUCAUCAAAAAUUUAAAAACGAGAAGGCAAAAUCUUCAAGUUCUGAGUAAAAAAGCAAAUCAAAAGACAUAUCUGAAGAGGAGGAGCGAGCUCUGGAGCUUUAUGAUCCACUCCAUAACUACAGAGAAGAUGUUUCAUAAUUAGCCAAUUAGGUCUUAAGAUUAUCUGUUUCUUAUGAGACAUUAGGAGAUUAAAAUAAUUGGGAGGUUAUCUGUUCUAUUGGAAAAUCACUGAAAACGAUGGGAUAAGGGUUGACUAUAAAAGAUGCUAAAAACAUUUCAGCUUACAAAAUGAUUCAUUUAAUAGAGCAAUCAAAUGAAAAAACGAUAAAAACGUUAGCCCGAAAAGCUCUAGUUUAAUAGAAAAUAGAUUAGACCAACUUAAAGCUUAAAGAAUUAUAGGAGUUGAAAGCUCAAAAAGAAAAAGAUGAAUAAAAUACUCAGAUAAAAGAAAUCUAAAAAGAGCAAGAAAAUCUUGAAAAAGAAAACAAAUAACAUUAAUAAUCUCUCUUAAAUACUUAUUCCUGCUUAAUAGACUCUAAUUAUGAAAAACCUUAAGAACUAUAAAAACCAAAAAUUAAGUCUCAGUAAAGCAUUAUAAGUAGCUGUUUGAAUAAAUUCAAAUAAAAAGAUGUAGUUUCAGAGGAGAUUUAUAUAAAAUUAAGGUCUAAAUUCGAUUUGCUGAUAAACUCAAAACAGUUAUUUUAAAAUUUAGGUUUAGUUGACUUUUGUAUAGUCGGCUCUCACGAAUUUAGACUAUUGAGAAAAAACAAAUUAAGCAUUGAUGUUAUUUUGAAUUAUAACAAGGAAUAAUUAAUUAAUAUUAAUACAGGGGAAGAUAUAUUUUAUGAAGCUCAAAAAAUAUUAAAACAAAUUCUUAACAAUCAUACAAUUAAAUUAGAAGAAAAAAACUAGAAAAAAUAUAUCAGAGUUAUUGAUGAUUUAGAGAAAGAAUUAGAGAUGAUUAUUUAUUUUUCUGAUGUCUCUGGAGGCUCUUUUUGCAAUGAAAUCCAUCAUGCAAUUUGGUUUUCUUAAGUAAAAACUAAAAUAUUUGAUAAUAAAGAUAUCAGUGCUAUGUUGAAGUGCUUGAGAAUGUGGAAAGAAGCAAGCAAUAUAAAUAUCAAUACUUCAAUAAUAGAUUUUAUUAUGCAUACUGUGACACACAAAUUCACUCUCAUUAAUGCCCCCAAAAAUCUUGUUAGUUUCUUUGAAUUUGUAGCAAACGAAGGAAUACAAGAUAUUAUUAACUUAAAAAACAAAAGAAAUAUAGAGGUAACUGAGAUGCACUUUGAAAUGAUACAAAAAAUAAAUAAAGAAGAUUUGGAUUAAUUUGUUCGAUAAUGCUAAAGCAUUUAUAACUCAUGUGAUUAUACUUUCAUGAAAAGUAUAAGUCUAUGA